CUAUGGGUUUGUGUCAGACAUUUAAACACAACUUUUUUUUAUGGUUCACUCAAUAACACAAACAAAUCAUUGAAUUAUAAUUUGGUUUUAAGUAUUUGUUUAGUAUUUGUCGGCAAACCUUAUCAUUAAAACAACACUUUUUUUUAUUAUAUAUUAAAUGUUUAAUUGUAUUGCAAUUGAAAAGUGAUUUUUAAUUGCAAUUAAUUUUGUUGAUUGAGUGCCGAAAACACGACAACAAAAACAAUGAUUAAAAUUAAAGUCAAAACUUUGGACUCAAAUAACUAUGACUUCGAUGUCGACGACAAUAUAUCGGUGAAGGACUUUAAAGAACAGAUCGCUUCGGCGGUCAGUAUUCCCGCAGAUUUGCAACGAUUGAUAUUUUGCGGUCGAGUCCUCGACGACGAGAAACUGCUCAAAGAUUACGAGAUAAAUGACGGCAAAGUUGUCCAUUUGGUGAGACGAGCGCCGCCCGGAGUGUCGACGGGUUCGCGAUCGGGUUCGGCCCCGACUAGCGCUCAGUCGAGUCCCCGACACAGUCACAGACGGCGACCGAUGGGCGGAGUCGGCGGCGGUCGUGUCGGCGCCGACGAUAACUCAUACCUUUUGGGCGCUUUUUCCAUACCUCAAGAGGCGUUUAGUCCAAACCAUUUCCAGCAAAUGCUUCAGACAGUCAUCUCUAAUAUGGGAGACAUCGGACGCAAUGCGACGGUGAUGUCGCGAACCUCCGAAGACGGCUCUUCAGUCGACGUUCAGAUCAAUUUGGCACAAAUGCCGCCACAGAAUGAGUGCCGACAGCGUAUAUCUCAGGCCAAUCGGUUCAUCGGUUAUAUAAACGCAUUGAUUGAUGUGAUCGAGAGGCCCAACGCUAUACCCAAUGGCGUGACCGCAGCCGUAGUGAACGCCGCGGACACCAACGCCAAUGUCAUGAACGGCUUUAAUAUUGACGCCAAUAAUAUGGGUUCAUUGGAGGCCCAGUUGGCCGCACAGGCGGCCGCUCAGUCAUUCGCGGCCGUCACCAACGGCUUAGGCAUACCGAUAGUGACCGGCUCUCAGAUCAUAAUACAGGGCCCGACUAUAACUCAGAGUCAGAGCGGAUCUAACACUCCCAGAGCUCCCAACCCAUCGCCCAAUACCACUGGCGCUACAAAUAACACCACAAACGGCAACAGAACUGACGGUCAAUCGGCUAACGCCACGCCAGUCGUUGCCUCCGAUGUGAACCAACUGUUGACAACUGUCUUCCAAACCCAAGAGAGACUCCGACCGCACAUUCAACGACUUCAACAAUUGAUGACAACUGAAGGACAGUUGACUGAACGACAGGUGACCGAAGCCCAGAAUCUUCAGCGAAACUGUAUGCGAGCUAAUCAUCAUUUGGGACACGUGUUUCAUCUGAUCAGCGAUUUGGCCAUCAAUUGGAACACUCCUAACAGAACUGUUGGACUCAUACACACGAUGUCAUCGCAGCCACUAAUCGGUGGUUCGGUUCCCCUUUCUUUCGCCACUCGACAAACAACGACCCGAAACGGAACGCAAUCGACGGCCAAUCAGUCGACUACACCGUCGACACAAUCGCCGACAGAACCGCCGGUCGGAACCCCGCCGUCCGCCUUCGCCGUCCCUCAACAACAGCCGCCGACCGCAACACCCAAUCCAAGAGUCGGUCUAACACUUUCUGGUGAUCAGACAACAGGCGCUGUAUUUACUCAACACUCGACACCGUUUGUUGUCAUGGAAUUGGGAUCAACUGUUCAUCAAAUACCAUUCCCCACACCGACCACGACUACCGCUUCCCAAUCAACAAACAGCACUUCAAAUCAGCAACAAAACACCCAAUCAGCGCCUUCAGCUCCGCCGCCACCACCACCGCCGCCGCCCCCAAGCGCUCGACCGCUGUUUAUACCGCCUUUUGAUCCAUAUCUUCAAUGUAAUUCUCCGUUUACUAUACCGGAAAUCAGGACACAAGUGAGUGUUGGCAUCAGCACUGGUCGCACAUCACGACAAACUAAUAAUAACAAUAAUAGCAAUAAUAAUAACAAUGAGAAUCCUAUCGAUAAUCAGUCGGCAAACAAUCCAUUCCCUAAUUUGGGACAAAUAGUGAACGGAAUUCUAAGCGGUUUUUUGAAUCAAGCGAGCGGUGGUCCGCUUCCGCCCGACGCCGCCGCCCAUAACCCUAACUCUACGGCCAACGCACCCACUGUUGGUGUCAACAAUGUUAACGUAGACCCGACUCUUAUUAACCUAAUGAGUAGACUCAACAACGAGAGGUCGCCGCCGAACGACGAUUUGCCGAAUGACCAAAACCCGAAUAUGACGGAUAUGUUUAUGUCAUUCGUGAACGGAAUACUGGGUAUCAUUAGCGGCGGUCAAACGCAGGCCAUAAAUGUGGCCAACUUUCUGAACCAAUUGGACGGCUUCUCGUACGUCGAGGGCGAGAAUAUCGCGAAUGACGUGUUUAUGGUUAUGGCCCGAGUGUUGAGCUUUCAGGACCUGUUCCUCAUAUUUGCCGGCAAUUCCGAGCCAUUAAACAGAGUCCGCGAAUCUCUUCGGCAAUUCGUUUUGACACAAAUUCUUGAGGGAAGGGAACCGACGGACGAGAACAUAGAGACCGCCAUCGCGUCGAUCAUCAGUUCGUGGCGAACGGGCGUUGAAGUGAUGACUUCAGGCGUGGGUUUAGAGUCCGGAAUCGAUAUAAUCGCAACCAUUGAACGAUUUUUGAGAUUGAAUUUAAAUAGGAUUUUGCGAUUCUUUGUGUUCCCGCCGGACGUCGAUUACGGCAACACAUUCUUUACAAUAAUCCGUGAAUUUUUAAUAGAUUUGAUUUCUUUAAGUCAAGUUUGUUUCACUGACGGAGUGUUAGCUCUUCAGCGAAUUGUCGCCGCGUUUAUUGAACACAUGUCAUCCGAAUUGAAUCCAGAGAUUCAGGGAUGGAUGAGUUCUGUGGCCGUCAGACAUCUCAACGAAUAUAUCAAUAAUAAUAAUACAGAACAGAGUCCUAACACCGAAUCAUAUAUCGUUAGAAUUGAUACUCAAUCCAGUGAUGAGGCGAUCGCCUCCGAAGAACACAUGAACGCCUCGAACACCACAUCCGAUGCCGAGAACGUAGAGUUCUCUGACGCUCGCAGCGAGUUUGAGGACACCAUUCAUCCUAACAAUAAUGUCCACCAAAUAGACACCACUUAUAAUGAAUUGCCAUCCGUUGUGAUCGGUUCGGAGGACUGGCACUCAAGUGUUCCCAAUGAUUGGGUUCCGAUCAUAACCCAUGAUAUUGAGCGCCAGCGCCGACUCCCAGCGCAACGGCCGGUGAGCGACGCCUAUAUGAACGGUAUGUCGAAACGGCGUCGCAUUGAGAAGCGACCGAUCAAUUUGCGGGACUCACUGCUCACGGCGUUGUCGACGGCCGGCGUUCAGCCACGAGUGCCCACAACUGGCGAACAAAUUGUUUCCGAAAUGUCGGCCAACGCAGCGCUUAACCAAAGUUUUGACGAUUUGGUUCGCAGUUGUGUCGGCGACCGCAUCGUUACCGACGAUGACUACAUCAACGCUCGGAUCCAAAAUCCGGAACGUUUCACAAACUCUAAGAACUAUUUUAAAAACAUUUAAUUCGGAAACCAAUUGAGUUGUUGUCUUGGAUUACGGCUCAACGAUAUAAGUAUUUGUUUCCUUCGCAUGAAAUCUAGUUUUUUCUUUGUUUUUUAUCCCACUAUUAGCUAAUCCUUGACACCAAUUAAGAGCCAAAUUAUUACUUCUAUAUUUAAAUAUAUUUAAUUAUUAAUAAAUAAUUUUCAUAUUAUAGCUAACUAUUGAUUGAUUGAUUGAGUGAACACUCAAUUUGUUUGUUUAAAAAGCAUUAUUAUGUCAUAAUUAGCACUCAUUUCUUCGCCAC